AUGGUUUACAGGGGAAAGCCCAGUCCAGGUUGUGCUUUAUGCCGGAAACGGCGCCUAAAAUGCGACCAGGAGAGACCUGCAUGCUCCCAAUGUCUGCGGAUAGGUCAAGAAUGCCCCGGAUACCAAGACCCCCAAGCCCUUCGCGUCUACAAUCAGACGGCCGCUGUAACCACCAAGGCCUUGGCCCGGGCUGCCAGUACCCGCAAGGCGGCUCGAUCCCCCACUGCAGAGAAGUCGAAGACACCGCCGUUGAUUGCAGGGCCCACCAACAUUCAAGAGCAAGCCAUGUCUCACAUCUUCAAGUAUUAUGUCGGCACUAGUCAGAACCCCGGCAUCCUCUGCUACUUGCCGGAUUUGCUGCGCACGGGCCCCUCGGAUGCACUUCAAGCCACCAUGAAAGCCAUAGGGCUGGCAUGCAUGUCGAGGGUCUACCACCUGCCUGAACUGGCGCGAUCGGCUGCGGAGGAGUACAGCAAGGCCUUGCGGGCCACUAAUACGAGUCUUCAGGAUGCAGUAUCAGCUACUUCUGACUCCACUUUGGGGGCCGUGGUCACGCUGAGUAUGUACGAGAUUAUUUCGGGCCAAUCACAGAUGAUGGCCGCUUGGCUAAAUCACGCCCGAGGAGCGUUGAAGCUUCUUGAGUUACGAGGAACGAAGCAAUUCGAAUCAGCGGCUGGGCGGCGCCUCUUCAGCAGCACACGCCUACAGAUUGUUAGCUAUACCCCCAACUAUAUCAUAGGCGCCAAUCUUGGAGUGCUAACAUGUCAUUAUCAGGCUAUGAUCAACAUAUUCUUCAGGACGAGCUGUCAUCGCUCGCCAACGAUAGCUGCAUUGUCAAAAUAUGCAAAAUCCGUUGGUGAUGCUGAUGCUCAGACAGUCGAAGACUUUUACAACAUUUUAGUCACAUUCAACGACCACUCCAUAAAAGUAAAGGAGACCUAUAACAACACUGGCUUCCGCGGAAAUAUCGCACCGUUAAUCAAGGAAGCUCUCGACCUUGACGCCGACUUAGUCUCAUGGGCGACUUCCCUAAGCCCAACCUGGCAGUAUUCAACGACCAGCACCCCACUGCCAUUCUCACACGUCCGUAGCCACGACACGGAAUAUCACGUAUAUCCGAGCAUCGACAACGCAGUGUACUGGAACCACUAUCGCCAAGCGCGGAUCAUUCUCCACGAGAUGAUCCAAGCAAUGUGUCUCCAUCAAGCAACUCCUGAUUCACCGCAAAUCAUGCACCAGUCCAUCUCUAUCAAUAAACAAUUAGCAGAGGAUAUCUGCGCUAGCGUUCCUUAUUUCUUCACUUCAGGUGAAGCCGCCCUUGGGGCCGUCGCGCGAUUGCCAUGGCCUUUGUACCUUGCCUCUGACUGUGCGGGUGUCUCGCCUCAGACGAAGGACUGGAUUAUGCAGAUACUCGAUCUUAUUGCAACAUCUACAGGCGUGCAGCAGGCGCGUAUCUUGUCGCAAUUUGUCAAAACGGGCAAUCACAGCUAUUUGUUGAUUCCUGGGAAGCCGAAAAGAAUCGUUGAUAUAUAG